GGACAGAUGCCAUCUCUUUGUGGGCGCCAAGUUGAUUUUCGAUUUUCCUUCCUUCGAAUUAACCUUGUUUACCUUGUGGAUUUCACCCAUGCUGCCGUUUGUCCAGGAUAAUGUGCCGGAGAUGCUGCUGCAGCCAUCGCGGGUCGCCUUCUGCGCCAAUUAUCACCAGGGACAUCCACGGGAUCGACACAAGACCACCACCUUACUGCUGGCAAGAAACCUCAAGUUCUACGAGUACCGGCGAAAAGAUCUGUUGCAUUACAUCGAUUUGCGGGGUUCGCGACUCCAGAAGUUUGCCAGCGAACUGGAAGCCUACGACGGACCCGUUAGCCCAUUCCUGACCAUAAAGGAGCCCACUGACGGAAAGCUGGAUUGCAGCAUGCUCCAACUGCCGAAUGAACUGCCCAUAAGUUUCGGAAAGUUUGUGUGGCUGCAUGGCGAGAUCUACAUUCUGAUUCAUUGCUGGAAACUUCUUUUGGUCCUGAGCAGACCCAAGGAACACGGUGCCAACUUUGAACUGGUGGCGGAGCACGAGGAUGUGGUCUCAUAUCAGAUGGUCGAUGGCCCGAUUCCCUAUCAAGCCGUCGUGGAACUGGAGUUCAGCGAUGGCAAGCAACUGCAGUGCGAUUUUCAGGAGGGCAGCACGUUGACGGAGCCCAGCACUUCCGAGGAGGACUUAAUAUCUGACGAGAACUUCGAGGAACUGGUGCAGCAGGUGAACAGCGCUCAUGCAGAGCUUUCUACGCAGCGAAUACAGACCCAGAAAGCCUUUCUCCAAAGCCAGGAACUGGACCUCUACGGACCGCCUGGUCAGCGCUCUCUGCUGCUUGAGGAGAAGCAACCGUUGCGACGAUUCGGCGAUGUAUGGACACGGAUCUGCAACGAAUAUUUCGUCUGUGGAGCCCUGCUGAUGAACAUAAACGGCACCCAUAGGCUCAGCAUCGUUGAGAACCUGUGCCCGCUGGUUAAUUUAAAGCCGCAUAGCAACUUUCACCUUGAGUUCCGCCUGUACGAGUUGCCCCUGCAGUCGGAUGGCCAACCUCCCGAGGACUACGAACAGAUGGUGCAGUUUUGGGCCUGCCAGGAUCAGCACAGCAGGCGGUUGAAAUGGCGACCAGUGGCCAAGGCAAAUUCACUGCCACCCGAGUGCUCCGCAGUACUGGUGAUUCGUCUGCGCCUUGUCGAUCUCCUCCAGGCGGAUGAACUUCAGCUGCUGGUGAUGUACGAUAUUAAGGGCCCAACCGAGAAGGACACCUCAAUCAGGCAGUUGCACCUAGUUAACUUCGAUAUUAAAAAAGCUCUGGAUCAGACAGACUCGCUGGCUCCCACUUUCUCACCAGCCACUUUGCACCAGGACUUUCUAGCCGUGAUUAUGACGUCGGAAGCUCGUCGCUCGUUGAAACUAGAGUUUCAAUCGGUUGGUGAUUGCACGGAGUUCGAGGAGCAGCUGGUCUCCAAACUGCAGUUUCAGUUGAUACAAGACCAGGAGGAAAAAAAGAAUCAAGAUACCGAUAUGCUAGACGACUUUUGCGCCGGCGCUACCUUUCAGUCCUCCACCGCGACUGAUGAACCUGUGCAGCGCAUCUUCUAUAACCGCCAGCAGCUUUCGCAGUGGUGUGGCAUCCUGCUCCUCCGCGAUGAUCCUGGCCAGCAUUGGCAUGUGUACGCUCAAACGGAGGCGCGAAUCGAACUGUUUUUGCAUCGCCUUACGCGCGAUCUCCUUCAGCUGAACUGCAACCUCAAGGUUCUGGAAGUCAAUGAGUUCAAUGACUCGCCUCUCGACUUGGCCAGGGAAUUGGAGGCGAGUCUGUACGAAGAGGCAAAAGCCUGGGAGGAGCUGGCGAAGCCGGGUGCCAGCCUAGAGGAGCGCCGGAAGCGACUGCGUCACCUCAACAAAGUGCAAAUGAACAGUGACGUGCUGGCAUCUAAGAUACCAAGCGAAGAACCUGAGGAAGAAGACUCCUUUUCUGAAUAAAAUAUGUUUGAGAAUUUGUUUCUUUAUAAGAAGUAUUAUAAAAAUAAUGUUUUAUUUUUAAAAAGGUCACUGUGUUUUAAGCACCUAGGACCCUACAGAAUUCGAUUUUAAAUAAAUAAAAGGAUGAGUUUAUAAUGAAA